AAAAAUCAAAUACUGUGAUAUUAACAAAAUGAACGACAUGUGGAACAAUAUAUAUCCAGCUUUAGGUGACGUGACAAACCAACCGGCAGGCAAGAAACGAAGCACCACAGACAUCACAAACACCACAUCAAAAAAGAGAAAAUCCGUAAUUCCAAGUGUGAAUCAAUUUUAUCUUGCAUAG